AUGACCCGUCACACCCCAUCUUCCCCCUCACACCCCAUCUUUCCCCUCACACCCCAUCUUUCCCCUCACACCCCAUCUUUCCUCUCACACCCCAUUGCCAUGAACUCUUUGCUCCCACCUGCACUGCGUGCAGCUCCCUACUCCAUUCUAUCUCCUGCCACUCGUUUCUUUCCUUCAGCCUCUGCAUGGAAGGAAGAUACACAUGCUCCUUUCUUUCUCUUGCCAUGCUCCCCCCUCUUGCCAUGCUCCCCCCUCUUGCCAUGCUCCCCCCUCUUGCCAUGCUCCCCCCUCUUGCCAUGCUCCCCCCUCUUGCCAUGCUCCCCCUCUUGCCAUGCUCCCCCCUCUUGCCAUGCUCCCCCUCUUGCCAUGCUCCCCCCUCUUGCCAUGCUCCCCCCUCUUGCCAUGCUCCCCCCUCUUGCCAUGCUCCCCCCUCUUGCCAUGCUCCCCCCUCUUGCCAUGCUCCCCCCUCUUGCCAUGCUCCCCCCUCUUGCCAUGCUCCCCCCUCUUGCCAUGCUCCCCCUCUUGCCAUGCUCCCCCCUCUUGCCAUGCUCCCCCCUCUUGCCAUGCUCCCCCCUCUUGCCAUGCUCCCCCCUCUUGCCAUGCUCCCCCCUCUUGCCAUGCUCCCCCCUCUUGCCAUGCUCCCCCUCUUGCCAUGCUCCCCCUCUUGCCAUGCUCCCCCCUCUUGCCAUGCUCCCCCCUCUUGCCAUGCUCCCCCCUCUUGCCAUGCUCCCGCCCUCUUGCCAUGCUCCCCCCUCUUGCCAUGCUCCCCCUCUUGCCAUGCUCCCCCCUCUUGCCAUGCUCCCCCCUCUUGCCAUGCUCCCCCCUCUUGCAUGCUCCUGCAUGCCCCCUCUUGCCAUGCUCCCCCUCUUGCCAUGCUCCCCCCUCUUGCCAUGCUCCCCCCUCUUGCCAUGCUCCCCCCUCUUGCCAUGCUCCCCCCUCUUGCCAUGCUCCCCCCUCUUGCCAUGCUCCCCCCUCUUGCCAUGCUCCCCCCUCUUGCAUGCUCCCCCCUCUUGCCAUGCUCCCCCUCUUGCCAUGCUCCCCCUCUUGCCAUGCUCCCCCUCUUGCCAUGCUCCCCCCUCUUGCCAUGCUCCCCCCUCUUGCCAUGCUCCCCCCUCUUGCCAUGCUCCCCCCUCUUGCCAUGCUCCCCCCUCUUGCCAUGCUCCCCCCUCUUGCCAUGCUCCCCCCUCUUGCCAUGCUCCCCCUCUUGCCAUGCUCCCCCCUCUUGCCAUGCUCCCCCCUCUUGCCAUGCUCCCCCCUCUUGCCAUGCUCCCCCUCUUGCCAUGCUCCCCCCUCUUGCCAUGCUCCCCCCUCUUGCCAUGCUCCCCCCUCUUGCCAUGCUCCCCCUCUUGCCAUGCUCCCCCCUCUUGCCAUGCUCCCCCCUCUUGCCAUGCUCCCCCCUCUUGCCAUGCUCCCCCCCUCUUGCCAUGCUCCCCCCUCUUGCCAUGCUCCCCCUCUUGCCAUGCUCCCCCCUCUUGCCAUGCUCCCCCCUCUUGCCAUGCUCCCCCCUCUUGCCAUGCUCCCCCCUCUUGCCAUGCUCCCCCCUCUUGCCAUGCCUCCCCCCAUCUUGCCAUGCUCCCCCUCUUGCCAUGCUCCCCCUCUUGCCAUGCUCCCCCCUCUUGCCAUGCUCCCCCCUCUUGCCAUGCUCCCCCCUCUUGCCAUGCUCCCCCCUCUUGCCAUGCUCCCCCCUCUUGCCAUGCUCCCCCCUCUUGCCAUGCUCCCCCCUCUUGCCAUGCUCCCCCCUCUUGCCAUGCUCCCCCCUCUUGCCAUGCUCCCCCCUCUUGCCAUGCUCCCCCCUCUUGCCAUGCUCCCCCCUCUUGCCAUGCUCCCCCCUCUUGCCAUGCUCCCCCCUCUUGCCAUGCUCCCCCCUCUUGCCAUGCUCCCCCCUCUUGCCAUGCUCCCCCCUCUUGCCAUGCUCCCCCCUCUUGCCAUGCUCCCCCUCUUGCCAUGCUCCCCCCUCUUGCCAUGCUCCCCCCUCUUGCCAUGCUCCCCCCUCUUGCCAUGCUCCCCUUGCAUGCUCCCCCUCUUGCCAUGCUCCCCCCUCUUGCCAUGCUCUCCCCCCCUCUUGCCAUGCUCCCCCCCUCUUGCCAUGCUCCCCCCUCUUGCCAUGCUCCCCCCUCUUGCCAUGCUCCCCCCUCUUGCCAUGCUCCCCCCUCUUGCCAUGCUCCCCCCUCUUGCCAUGCUCCCCCCUCUUGCCAUGCUCCCCCCUCUUGCCAUGCUCCCCCCUCUUGCCAUGCUCCCCCCUCUUGCCAUGCUCCCCCCUCUUGCCAUGCUCCCCCCUCUUGCCAUGCUCCCCCCUCUUGCCAUGCUCCCCCUCUUGCCAUGCUCCCCCUCUUGCCAUGCUCCCCCCUCUUGCCAUGCUCCCCCCUCUUGCCAUGCUCCCCCUCUUGCAUGCUCCCCCCCUCUUGCCAUGCUCCCCCUCUUGCCAUGCUCCCCCCUCUUGCCAUGCUCCCCCCUCUUGCCAUGCUCCCCCCUCUUGCCAUGCUCCCCCCUCUUGCCAUGCUCCCCCCUCUUGCCAUGCUCCCCCCUCUUGCCAUGCUCCCCCUCUUGCCAUGCUCCCCCUCUUGCCAUGCUCCCCCUCUUGCCAUGCUCCCCCUCUUGCCAUGCUCCCCCCUCUUGCCAUGCUCCCCCCUCUUGCCAUGCUCCCCCUCUUGCCAUGCUCCCCCCUCUUGCCAUGCUCCCCCCUCUUGCCAUGCUCCCCCCUCAUUGCCAUGCUCCCCCCUCUUGCCAUGCUCCCCCCUCUUGCCCAUGCUCCCCCCCUCCUUGCCAUGCUCCCCCCUCUUGCCAUGCUCCCCCCUCUUGCCAUGCUCCCCCUCUUGCCAUGCUCCCCCCUCUUGCCAUGCUCCCCCCUCUUGCCAUGCUCCCCCCUCUUGCCAUGCUCCCCCCUCUUGCCAUGCUCCCCCCUCUUGCAUGCUCCCCCCUCUUGCCAUGCUCCCCCUCUUGCCAUGCUCCCCCCUCUUGCCAUGCUCCCCCUCUUGCAUGCUCCCCCCUCUUGCCAUGCUCCUCCCUCUUGCCAUGCUCCCCCUCUUGCCAUGCUCCCCCCCUCUUGCCAUGCUCCCCCCUCUUGCCAUGCUCCCCCUCUUGCCAUGCUCCCCCCUCUUGCCAUGCUCCCCCCUCUUGCCAUGCUCCCCCCCUCUUGCCAUGCUCCCCCCUCUUGCCAUGCUCCCCCUCCUUGCCAUGCUCCCCCCUCUUGCCAUGCUCCCCCUCUUGCCAUGGCCUCCCCCUCUUGCCAUGCUCCCCCCUCUUGCCAUGCUCCCCCCCCUCUUAGCAUGCUCCCACCCUCCUUGCCAUGCUCCCCCCUCUUGCCAUGCUCCCCCCUCUUGCCAUGCUCCCCCCCUCUUGCCAUGCUCCCGCCCUCUUGCCAUGCUCCCCCCUCUUGCCAUGCUCCCCCCUCUUGCCAUGCUCCCCCUCUUGCCAUGCUCCCCAUCUUGCCAUGCUCCCCCCUCUGCCAUGCUCCCCCCCUCUUGCCAUGCUCCCCCUCUUGCCAUGCUCCCCCCUCUUGCAUGCUCCCCCCUCUUGCCAUGCUCCCCCCUCUUGCCAUGCUCCCCCCUCUUGCCAUGCUCCCCCUCUUGCCAUGCUCCCCCUCUUGCCAUGCUCCCCCUCUUGCCGAUGCUCCCCCCUCUUGCCAUGCUCCCCCCCUCUUGCCAUGCUCCCCCUCUUGCCAUGCUCCCCCCUCUUGCCAUGCUCCCCCCUCUUGCCAUGCUCCCCCCCUUGCCACAUGCUCCCCCCCUCUUGCCAUGCUCCCCCCUCUUGCCAUGCUCCCCCCUCUUGCCAUGCUCCCCCUCUUGCCAUGCUCCCCCCUCUUGCCAUGCUCCCCCCUCUUGCCAUGCUCCCCCCUCUUGCCAUGCUCCCCCCUCUUGCCAUGCUCCCCCCUCUUGCCAUGCUCCCCCCUCUUGCCAUGCUCCCCCCUCUUGCCAUGCUCCCCCCUCUUGCCAUGCUCCCCCCUCUUGCCAUGCUCCCCCCUCUUGCCAUGCUCCCCCCUCUUGCCAUGCUCCCCCCUCUUGCCAUGCUCCCCCCUCUUGCCAUGCUCCCCCCUCUUGCCAUGCUCCCCCCUCUUGCCAUGCUCCCCCCUCUUGCCAUGCUCCCCCCUCUUGCCAUGCUCCCCCCUCUUGCCAUGCUCCCCCUCUUGCCAUGCUCCCCCCUCUUGCCAUGCUCCCCCCCUCUUGCCAUGCUCCCCCCUCUUGCCAUGCUCCCCCCUCUUGCCAUGCAGCCCCCUCUUGCCAUGCUCCCCCUCUUGCCAUGCUCCCCCCUCUUGCCAUGCUCCCCCCUCUUGCCAUGCUCCCCCCUCUUGCCAUGCUCCCCCCUCUUGCCAUGCUCCCCCCUCUUGCCAUGCUCCCCCCUCUUGCCAUGCUCCCCCCUCUUGCCAUGCUCCCCCCUCUUGCCAUGCUCCCCCCUCUUGCCAUGCUCCCCCCUCUUGCCAUGCUCCCCCCUCUUGCCAUGCUCCCCCUCUUGCCAUGCUCCCCCCUCUUGCCAUGCUCCCCCCUCUUGCCGAUGCUCCCCCUCUUGCCAUGGCUCCCCCCUCUUGCCAUGCUCCCCCCUCUUGCCAUGCUCCCCCCUCUUGCCAUGCUCCCCCCUCUUGCCAUGCUCCCCCCUCUUGCCAUGCUCCCCCUCUUGCCAUGCUCCCCCCUCUUGCCAUGCUCCCCCCUCUUGCCAUGCUCCCCCCUCUUGCCAUGCUCCCCCCUCUUGCCAUGCUCCCCCUCUUGCCAUGCUCCCCCCUCUUGCCAUGCUCCCCCCUCUUGCCAUGCUCCCCCUCUUGCCAUGCUCCCCCCUCUUGCCAUGCUCCCCCUCUUGCCAUGCUCCCCCCUCUUGCCAUGCUCCCCCCUCUUGCCAUGCUCCCCCCUCUUGCCAUGCUCCCCCCUCUUGCCAUGCUCCCCCCUCUUGCCAUGCUCCCCCCUCUUUGCCAUGCUCCCCCCUCAUUGCCAUGCUCCCCCUCUUGCCAUGCUCCCCCCUCUUGCCAUGCUCCCCCCUCUUGCCAUGCUCCCCCCUCUUGCCAUGCUCCCCCCUCUUGCCAUGCUCCCCCCUCUUGCCAUGCUCCCCCCUCUUGCCAUGCUCCCCCCUCUUUGCCAUGCUCCCCCCUCUUGCCAUGCUCCCCCCUCUUGCCAUGCUCCCCCCUCUUGCCAUGCUCCCCCCUCUUGCCAUGCUCCCCCCUCUUGCCAUGCUCCCCCCUCUUGCCAUGCUCCCCCCUCUUGCCAUGCUCCCCCCCUCUUGCCAUGCUCCCCCCUCUUGCCAUGCUCCCCCCUCUUGCCAUGCUCCCCCCUCUUGCCAUGCUCCCCCCCUUGCCAUGCUCCCCCCUCUUGCCAUGCUCCCCCCUCUUGCCAUGCUCCCCCCUCUUGCCAUGCUCCCCCCUCUUGCCAUGCUCCCCCCUCUUGCCAUGCUCCCCCCUCUUGCCAUGCUCCCCCCUCUUGCCAUGCUCCCCCCUCUUGCCAUGCUCCCCCCCAUCUCCUCUUGCCAUGCUCCCCCCUCUUGCCAUGCUCCCCCCUCUUGCCAUGCUCCCCCCUCUUGCCAUGCUCCCCCCUCUUGCCAUGCUCCCCCCUCUUGCCAUGCUCCCCCCUCUUGCCAUGCUCCCCCUCUUGCCAUGCUCCCCCCUCUUGCCAUGCUCCCCCCUCUUGCCAUGCUCCCCCCUCUUGCCAUGCUCCCCCCUCUUGCCAUGCUCCCCCCUCUUGCCAUGCUCCCCCCUCUUGCCAUGCUCCCCCCCUCUUGCCAUGCUCCCCCCUCUUGCCAUGCUCCCCCCUCUUGCCAUGCUCCCCCCUCUUGCCAUGCUCCCCCCUCUUGCCAUGCUCCCCCCUCUUGCCAUGCUCCCCCCUCUUGCCAUGCUCCCCCCUCUUGCCAUGCUCCCCCCUCUUGCCAUGCUCCCCCCUCUUGCCAUGCUCCCCCCUCUUGCCAUGCUCCCCCCUCUUGCCAUGCUCCCCCCUCUUGCCAUGCUCCCCCCUCUUGCCAUGCUCCCCCCUCUUGCCAUGCUCCCCCCUCUUGCCAUGCUCCCCCCUCUUGCCAUGCUCCCCCCUCUUGCCAUGCUCCCCCCUCUUGCCAUGCUCCCCCCUCUUGCCAUGCUCCCCCCUCUUGCCAUGCUCCCCCCUCUUGCCAUGCUCCCCCCUCUUGCCAUGCUCCCCCCUCUUGCCAUGCUCCCCCCUCUUGCCAUGCUCCCCCCUCUUGCCAUGCUCCCCCUCUUGCCAUGCUCCCCCCUCUUGCCAUGCUCCCCCCUCUUGCCAUGCUCCCCCCUCUUGCCAUGCUCCCCCCUCUUGCCAUGCUCCCCCCCUCUUGCCAUGCUCCCCCCUCUUGCCAUGCUCCCCCCUCUUGCCAUGCUCCCCCCUCUUGCCAUGCUCCCCCCUCUUGCCAUGCUCCCCCCUCUUGCCAUGCUCCCCCCUCUUGCCAUGCUCCCCCCUCUUGCCAUGCUCCCCCCUCUUGCCAUGCUCCCCCCUCUUGCCAUGCUCCCCCCUCUUGCCAUGCUCCCCCCUCUUGCCAUGCUCCCCCCUCUUGCCAUGCUCCCCCCUCUUGCCAUGCUCCCCCCUCUUGCCAUGCUCCCCCCUCUUGCCAUGCUCCCCCCUCUUGCCAUGCUCCCCCUCUUGCCAUGCUCCCCCCUCUUGCCAUGCUCCCACCUCUUGCCAUGCUCCCCCUCUUGCCAUGCUCCCCCCCUCUUGCCAUGCUCCCCCCUCUUGCCAUGCUCCCCCCCUCUUGCCAUGCUCCCCCCUCUUGCCAUGCUCCCCCUCUUGCCAGCUCCCCCCUCUUGCCAUGGCUCCCCCCCUCUUGCCAUGCUCCCCCCUCUUGCCAUGCUCCCCCCUCUUGCCAUGCUCCCCCCUCUUGCCAUGCUCCCCCCCUCUUGCCAUGCUCCCCCUCUUGCCUGCUCCCCCCUCUUGCCAUGCUCCCCCCUCUUGCCAUGCUCCCCCCUCUUGCCAUGCUCCCCCCUCGUUGCCAUGCUCCCCCCUCUUGCCAUGCUGCCCCCCUCUUGCCAGUGCUCCCCCUCCCCCCUCUUGCCAUGCUCCCCCCUCUUGCCAUGCUCCCCCCCCUCUUGCCAUGCUCCCCCCUCUUGCCAUGCUCCCCCCUCUUGCCAUGCUCCCCCCUCUUGCCAUGCUCCCCCCUCUUGCCAUGCUCCCCCCUCUUGCCAUGCUCCCCCCUCUUGCCAUGCUCCCCCCUCUUGCCAUGCUCCCCCCUCUUGCCAUGCUCCCCCCUCUUGCCAUGCUCCCCCCUCUUGCCAUGCUCCCCCCUCUUGCCAUGCUCCCCCCUCUUGCCAUGCUCCCCCCUCUUGCCAUGCUCCCCCCUCUUGCCAUGCUCCCCCCUCUUGCCAUGCUCCCCCCUCUUGCCAUGCUCCCCCCUCUUGCCAUGCUCCCCCCUCUUGCCAUGCUCCCCCCUCUUGCCAUGCUCCCCCCUCUUGCCAUGCUCCCCCCUCUUGCCAUGCUCCCCCCUCUUGCCAUGCUCCCCCCUCUUGCCAUGCUCCCCCCUCUUGCCAUGCUCCCCCCUCUUGCCAUGCUCCCCCCUCUUGCCAUGCUCCCCCCUCUUGCCAUGCUCCCCCCUCUUGCCAUGCUCCCCCCUCUUGCCAUGCUCCCCCCUCUUGCCAUGCUCCCCCUCUUGCCAUGCUCCCCCCUCUUGCCAUGCUCCCCCUCUUGCCAUGCUCCCCCCUCUUGCCAUGCUCCCCCCUCUUGCCAUGCUCCCCCCUCUUGCCAUGCUCCCCCCUCUUGCCAUGCUCCCCCUCUUGCCAUGCUCCCCCCUCUUGCCAUGCUCCCCCUCUUGCCAUGCUCCCCCUCUUGCAGGCUCCGCCCCUCUUGCCAUGCUCCCCCCUCUUGCCAUGCUCCCCCCUCUUGCCAUGCUCCCCCUCUUGCCAUGCUCCCGCCCUCUUGCCAUGCUCCCCCCUCCUUGCCAUGCUCCCCCCCUCUUGCCAUGCUCCCCCCUCUUGCCAUGCUCCCCCCUCUUGCCAUGUCUCCCCCUCUUGCCAUGCUCCCCCCUCUUGCCAUGCUCCCCCCUCUUGCCAUGCUCCCCCCUCUUGCCAUGCUCCCCCCUCUUGCCAUGCUCCCCCCUCUUGCCAUGCUCCCCCCUCUUGCCAUGCUCCCCCCUCUUGCCAUGCUCCCCCCUCUUGCCAUGCUCCCCCCUCUUGCCAUGCUCCCCCCUCUUGCCAUGCUCCCCCCUCUUGCCAUGCUCCCCCCUCUUGCCAUGCUCCCCCCUCUUGCCAUGCUCCCCCCUCUUGCCAUGCUCCCCCCUCUUGCCAUGCUCCCCCCUCUUGCCAUGCUCCCCCCUCUUGCCAUGCUCCCCCCUCUUGCCAUGCUCCCCCCUCUUGCCAUGCUCCCCCCUCUUGCCAUGCUCCCCCCUCUUGCCAUGCUCCCCCCUCUUGCCAUGCUCCCCCCUCUUGCCAUGCUCCCCCCUCUUGCCAUGCUCCCCCCUCUUGCCAUGCUCCCCCCUCUUGCCAUGCUCCCCCCUCUUGCCAUGCUCCCCCCUCUUGCCAUGCUCCCCCCUCUUGCCAUGCUCCCCCCUCUUGCCAUGCUCCCCCCUCUUGCCAUGCUCCCCCCUCUUGCCAUGCUCCCCCCUCUUGCCAUGCUCCCCCCUCUUGCCAUGCUCCCCCCUCUUGCCAUGCUCCCCCCUCCCCCCAUGCUCCCCCCUCUUGCCAUGCUCCCCCCUCUUGCCAUGCUCCCCCCUCUUGCCAUGCUCCCCCCUCUUGCCAUGCUCCCCCCUCUUGCCAUGCUCCCCCCUCUUGCCAUGCUCCCCCCUCUUGCCAUGCUCCCCCCUCUUGCCAUGCUCCCCCCUCUUGCCAUGCUCCCCCCUCUUGCCAUGCUCCCCCCUCUUGCCAUGCUCCCCCCUCUUGCCAUGCUCCCCCCUCUUGCCAUGCUCCCCCCUCUUGCCAUGCUCCCCCCUCUUGCCAUGCUCCCCCCUCUUGCCAUGCUCCCCCCUCUUGCCAUGCUCCCCCCUCUUGCCAUGCUCCCCCCUCUUGCCAUGCUCCCCCCUCUUGCCAUGCUCCCCCCUCUUGCCAUGCUCCCCCCUCUUGCCAUGCUCCCCCCUCUUGCCAUGCUCCCCCCUCUUGCCAUGCUCCCCCCUCUUGCCAUGCUCCCCCCUCUUGCCAUGCUCCCCCCUCUUGCCAUGCUCCCCCUCUUGCCAUGCUCCCCCCUCUUGCCAUGCUCCCCCCUCUUGCCAUGCUCCCCCCUCUUACCAUGCUCCCCCCUCUUGCCAUGCUCCCCCCUCUUACCAUGCUCCCCACUCUUGCCAUGCUCCCCCCUCUUGCCAUGCUCCCCCCUCUUACCAUGCUCCCCACUCUUGCCAUGCUCCCCCCUCUUACCAUGCUCCCCCCUCUUGCCAUGCUUCCUCCCCUCCUUUGUACUCCUCGCUCUUCAUUCAUUUCCACCUUGGCCAUCCUACCCCCUUCCCCACAACUUCCCUAUUUCUUGGCUGCUCCUUGCCUCUUUACUGCUCCUCCCCUCUUGA